GCCGCGCGCUCCCUCAGGCGGGGCCAUGGCGGCGGCGGCGAUGGCGGCGGUCGUGUCCCGCUGCGGCGGAGCCCCCCGGGCGCUGGCCCUGCGGCGCUGCCGGCUGCACACCGUGUACCAGAGCGCGGAGUUGCCCGAGACGCACCAGAUGCUGCGGCAGACGGUCCGGGACUUCGCAGAGAAGGAGCUGAUGCCGCUUGCAGCGCAGCUGGACAAGGAGCACCGCUUCCCGGCCGAGCAGGUGAAGAAGAUGGGUGCCUUGGGGCUGCUGGCUAUGGACGUGCCAGAGAAGUACAAAGGAGCAGGCCUCGACUACCUGGCCUAUUCCAUCGCUGUGGAGGAGAUCAGCAGGGGCUGCGCGUCCACGGGCGUCAUCGUCAGCGUCAAUAACUCCCUGUAUUUAGGGCCAAUACUCAAGUUUGGUUCUGAAGAGCAGAAGCAGCAGUGGAUUGCUCCCUUCACCAGUGGAGAGAAAAUUGGAUGUUUUGCCCUCAGUGAACCAGGAAACGGCAGCGACGCAGGUGCAGCCUCCACAAUGGCGCGCCUGGACGGGGACGAGUGGGUUCUGAACGGUACCAAGGCCUGGAUCACCAACGCCUGGGACGCUUCGGCCACCGUGGUGUUCGCUACUACGGAUAAAUCCCUGAAGCACAAGGGCAUUAGUGCAUUCCUGGUUCCCAUGCCAACAGCUGGGCUGUCACUGGGGAAGAAAGAAGACAAACUGGGAAUCCGAGCCUCUUCCACUGCUAACCUGAUAUUUGAGGACUGCCGGAUACCCAAGGCAAACCUCCUGGGGCAGCCAGGAAUGGGCUUCAAAAUCGCCAUGCAAACUCUGGAUGGAGGAAGGAUUGGUAUUGCCUCACAGGCACUUGGAAUAGCACAGGCAGCUCUGGACUGUGCUGUGGAUUAUGCUGAGAAGAGAAUGGCCUUUGGGUCACCCAUCACAAAGCUUCAGGCAGUGCAGUUCAAGCUGGCAGACAUGGCUGUGGCCUUGGAGGGUGCACGCCUGCUGACCUGGAGAGCUGCUAUGCUGAAGGACAAUGGAAAGCCCUUCACUAAGGAAGCGGCAAUGGCCAAACUGGCUGCAUCAGAAGCUGCAACGUCCAUUGCUCAUCAGGCUAUCCAGAUCCUGGGUGGGAUGGGCUAUGUGACAGAGAUGCCAGCGGAACGGCACUACCGCGACGCUCGGAUCACUGAGAUCUACGAGGGGACCAGUGAGAUCCAGAGACUGGUGAUCGCAGGCCAGCUGCUGAAGGCCUACCGAGGCUGAGGAAGCUGCCUGGAGCAGCACACUGCCCCAAGUGCAUCGUGAUGGUGCACAGUGAUGGAGUUUGACCCUCUUGAAUGAGGCUAUUGAUGGAGGUUUUCCUCACCAAUGAGUAACUGACCCUCUAGUUAAAAUGUGCUGAUUCUUCUUUGGACAAAGUAUGGUGCACUGAGGCUGGACUGAGGUUUGUAAGUGACGGCUGUGAGUGCAGGAGGGAGGAGGCAACCUGUGCUCAUAGGGCAGCCUGGGGCUUUUGCUGUAUGGGACUGUUGGAAUGGCUUGGUAGUGGCAAAAUGACAGCAGCUGCCAGCCACUGCCUGUUAUGAUAAACUUGUCACUACAUGGCACUGGAUAACCAGUGCCAAAGUUAGAGGUGCUGAGAGCUGUGACCCCUGUGCCCUGCUUCAGGCUGCUGGUCACGUGCCUCUGCAGACAUGCUUCAGUGGAAUUCAGGUGUGGGAUGCAGCUGUGUGUGAGCUCCUAAUGGGACAGCCCAGGCUGAGGUAAUCCCUGCAGCAGGGCCCCUCUCACAUCCAGCAGGAGAGGAGCCAGACAGGAGGACAUGCAGGGACAACCCACACACAGAGGAAUCUCAGCAGAGAGUGUAGUUGCUGUCUGCAUAGAUCUGAAAACACAAUUCCUCGAUCUGGGCCAGCAGGGCCCAGCACCUGCUCACUCAUCUGCUCUGGGAUGUAGGGAUAGAAGCAAAGGACAACAAAGCUGCAGUGCCUAGGACUACUUUGUAAAAAAACCAACACAAACAAAAAGCCCCUUCUGCUCCCAAAUCUGCUUCUGCGAUAUCAGCAGGAAAGGAAGUGCCUGAUAGGGCAGUAACAGCUUUUAAUCUUGACAUGUUUUGGGCAACGAGGACAUGAAGAGAUGACACGCAAAGCUCACCAGGAAGCUUUAGCAGUUGCACAUCUUCAGUCGGUGAUCAUUGGUAAGACAUUAACUUUAGGAGCAUCAACAGCCAAAGGAAAAGCUCUAAACGCAGGAGAAGAGGGAGAGGAUUAAGACGAGAGCCUGUAUGGUCCAGUCCGCCUCCUUGUCCAAACAAGUACACUAGAGGGAAAUGGUUAUUUUCCUGUGGUGCCAUUUAUUUAGACUUGUGUGCAGAGAAGAAGAGCAGGAUUCUGUUACCCGAGAGAGCAAAGAAGACAAAUAAAACCUGAUUUUAAAGGAC